AUGGAAAACCUGCGCGAGACCAUUUCCAAAUGGCCGGAUUCCGGCGCACGGAACGACCUGGACGACGACGACCAAGGAUCAGAGUAUGAGCUUCUCAUGGACCCAAAUCUGCCAGAGGACCAUGAGUCUCGCCGUCGUAUCCGGACUGAAGACGCCUUAUCCGACGAUGAGUCGAAAGGGGGCGACGAAGACGAGGAGGAAAACUCUCCAUAUCCCGAAGUUCGCGCGGCUGUUCACAACUACGACGAAGACGUGCCAUGCAGCACGGUUCGUGCUUGGACAAUUGGACUGUCCCUCGUCAUCAUCGGUGCCUCGAUGAACACCAUCUUCUCUCUGCGUCGGCCAACCAUUUCCAUCGGCCCCCUUGUGGCUCAAAUCAUUGCGUGGCCCAUUGGUCACGGGUGGGCACGCUUCGUCCCGGAGCGUGAAUUCAGCUUUUUCGGCAUCAAGUGGAAUCUAAAUCCGGGCCCUUUCAACAUGAAGGAGCAUGCCAUCAUCGGAGUCAUGGCGUCCGUGUCCUUUUCUGUUGCCUACUCAACAGACAUCAUAUUGGCGCAGAUGAUCUUCUACAAGCAGAAUUUCGGAUUGCUCUUCCAGAUCCUGCUUACCAUUUCCACACAGUCCUUGGGAUAUGGCAUUGCCGGUGUGAUGCGCAAAUAUCUAGUGUAUCCUGCGUCCAUGAUAUGGCCUGGCAACCUAGCUUCCGUGACCAUGAUGAAUGCCAUGUAUGAGUCGGGUGAUGAAACGGAUCCCACCGUCUUCGGUGGCCGCUUCCCUAGAUAUACCUGGUUCGGCCUUGUCACAGCAGCCUCUUUCGUCUAUUACUUCAUCCCGGGCUGGUUUGCCCAGUUCCUCAGCGUUUUUGCUUUUCCGACCUGGAUGGCAGCCCAGAGUCCGGUUAUCAAUCAACUCUUUGGUGGAUACACUGGCCUGUCCCUCAUUCCCAUCACCUUUGACUGGAGCCAAGUGUCAGGUUACAUCGGAUCCCCCCUCGUCUCGCCUUGGCAUGCCAUUGCCAACACCCUGCUCAGCGUUGUCGUAUUCUAUCUGGGGCUGUCAAUUCUCCUUCAAUACUCCGGGACAUGGUAUGGUUCGUUCCUCCCCAUCAACGAUGCCAGCAUCUACGACAAUACGGGAGCAAGGUACAACAUUACGCGGAUUGUAAACUCCGACAUGACUUUCAACGAGGAAGCCUACAAAAGCUACUCGCCUUUGUUCAUCAGCACUACUUUCGCCAUAUCGUAUGGCCUGUCAUUCGCAGCCAUCUCCUCCCUCGUGGUGUACACGUAUCUUCACCACGGCAAGUACAUCUGGAGGCAGUACAUGAACAGCACCACAGAGAAGCCGGACAUUCAUAUGAAGCUGAUGAGAAAGUACAAGGAGGCACCUACGUGGUGGUAUCUCUCACUCUUCGCCAUUAUGCUGGCAUUGGGCUUCUAUACAGUGCUUGCGUACCCAACCAAUCUCACCUGGUGGGCCUUCUUGCUGGCCGUCAUGAUCUCGUUUGGCUUCUCGUUGCCCAUCGGCAUCAUCCAAGCAGUCACAAACAACCAGAUUGGCCUCAAUGUGCUCACGGAGUUUGUCUACGGCUACAUCCAGCCUGGCCGGCCUCUGGCACUCAUGCUCUUCAAAACCUUUGGCUACAUCACCAUGUCGCAAGCGCUCAAUUUCGUCUCCGAUCUCAAGUUUGGCCAUUACAUGAAGAUUCCACCCCGGACCAUGUUCCUGGCCCAGGUCGUCGCCACGACAUACUCUUGCAUCAUCCAGGUUCUUGUUCUUAACGUGGCCCUCAACAGCAUCGACAAUGUAUGCGAUGACCAGCAGGAAGACCACUUUACGUGUCCAGGAGGAAGAGUCUUUUACUCUGUAAUAUGGGGCCUCAUCGGCCCCGGCCGCAUGUUCUCCCCCGGCCAGAUCUACUCCGGCCUCUUCAUCUUCUUCAUCAUCGGCGCAGUCACCCCCAUCAUCAUCUACCUCGCCAUCAAAAAGUACCCCAAAUCCCCCGCCCGAUACCUCAUCGCACCACUGCUCUUUGGCGGGCCCGGAGCCAUCCCGCCCGCCACGCCGCUCAACUACUUCUCCUGGGGCAUCGUCGGCUUCGUCUUCCAGUUCUGGAUCAAGAAGCGGCACUUCCGGUGGUGGAGCAGGUCCAACUUUUUGACGUCGUCCGGUUUGGAUCUGGGGCUGGCGCUGGCUACGCUCUUCAUCUUCUUUGCGUUUACGAUGCAAGGGAUUGAUCCGCCGAGGUGGUGGGGGAAUGAUGUCGUGACUACGACGAUGGAUUAUCAGGGGACGGCUGUGAGGAAGCAUGUUGCGGAGGGGGAGCAUUUCGGUCCCAGUUCGUGGUAG